CUGCACCCAGCCAUUGAGGCGGCCCUCGGCAGGCUGGGGUUUGAGGCCCCCACCCACGUGCAGGCCGAGUGCCUGCCCGCCGCCAUCCGCGACCGGCGCGACGUCAUCGGCGCCGCGCAGACCGGCUCCGGCAAGACGCUGGCCUUUGGGCUGCCCAUCAUGCAGCGCCUG